GCGCGCAGAUCGUGCAGUCUGGCGGCGGCGUGGGCCGCAACAUCGCGGACGCGCUGGCCCGCCUCGGCACCAAGGCCCUGCUCCUGAGCGCCGUCGGCGACGACCUGGCCGGCCACUUCAUUGUCAAGGACACCCUGGCGCACAUGGACACGACCGGCGUCGAGGUGGUCUCGGGCGGCCGCACCGCCGCCUACAACCUGCUGCUGUCCAGCACCGGGGAGUGCCACACGGGCGCCGGGGACAUGGACGUGCACAACUUCAUCUCCACCGACAUGGUUGAACAGCAUAAAGUAUCCUUAGUGUCAAGCUCUCUAGUUGUCUUGGACGGAAAUAUCCCAUCAGAGACUAUCCACUACGUUCUGCGGCAGUGCCAGCAGGCUGGGGUAUCAGUCUGGUUCGAACCUACCGACAUCCACAAAGCAGCCAAACCAUUUCAAUCUGACAGCUGGAAAAUGAUUGAUGUCCUGUCGCCGAAUUUCAAUGAACUUGUGAUAAUGUGCAAAGCUGCAGGUAUGCCUGAAACUUCUGUACCAAAUGCAUCAGAACUUUCAGAUGAAGAAGUUGUAGACAAAGCAAAAGACAUGGCCUUAUUUCUAGGAAAGCACAUUAAGAUAGUAAUUGCAACACUUGGGCAUCGAGGCGUUGUGAUUUGUCGAAGAGGAACUGCUGACCAGCCAAUCUUCAGUGUCGGAUCGGAUGGAUGCAGCAGACAACUUUUAGCCCCCACAAUUACUCAUCCACAAGUGCGCUUCUACCCUGCACCCUCAUGCCAGCCUGUCCCUGUCAGUGUUUCUGGUGCUGGUGACUGUUGGAAUGCGGGUUUCAUAUUUGCUGCUCUCCGAGGAAAUGCGGAAAGUGUUUGCAUCACAGCUGGCUUCAACGCAGCGCUUUGUUCCUUGGCUGUCGCAUCUGCUGUGCCAACUAAUAUUAAUGUAAAUAAAAAUGUAAAUUGAAAGUACCUGUCAACAAACAUUCUGAAAUAAUCUCAAACCAAGCUCUUAUUAUGUAAUAAACAAUUUUGUACUUCAAAGAAUA